UCAUGUUUGGGAUUCAGGAGAAUAUUCCGCGCGGGGGGACGACCAUGAAGGAGGAGCCGCUGGGCAGCGGCAUGAACCCGGUGCGCUCGUGGAUGCACACGGCGGGGGUGGUGGACGCCAACACGGCCGCCCAGAGCGGCGUGGGGCUGGCGCGGGCGCACUUCGAGAAGCAGCCGCCUUCCAACCUCCGGAAAUCCAAUUUCUUCCACUUCGUGCUGGCGCUCUACGACAGGCAGGGGCAGCCGGUGGAGAUUGAAAGGACCGCUUUUGUGGACUUUGUGGAGAAAGAGAAAGAGCCCAACAACGAGAAAACCAACAACGGCAUCCACUAUAAACUCCAGUUGCUGUACAGCAACGGAGUCAGAACGGAGCAGGAUCUGUAUGUUCGCCUCAUAGAUUCAAUGACCAAACAGGCCAUCGUCUACGAGGGCCAGGACAAGAACCCGGAGAUGUGCCGCGUGCUGCUGACCCACGAGAUCAUGUGCAGCCGGUGCUGUGAUAAGAAAAGCUGUGGCAAUAGAAACGAAACACCCUCAGACCCUGUGAUCAUUGACAGAUUCUUUCUAAAGUUUUUCCUCAAGUGCAAUCAGAACUGUUUGAAGAAUGCAGGCAACCCUCGGGACAUGCGAAGAUUCCAGGUUGUCGUGUCGACCACGGUCAACGUGGACGGCCACGUGCUGGCCGUGUCUGACAACAUGUUUGUGCACAACAACUCCAAACACGGGCGGCGGGCCCGCCGCCUGGACCCGUCAGAAGCCACUCCGUGCAUCAAGGCCAUCAGCCCCAGUGAAGGCUGGACCACGGGGGGAGCGACUGUGAUCAUCAUCGGAGACAACUUCUUCGAUGGGCUGCAAGUCGUGUUCGGGACUAUGUUGGUAUGGAGCGAGCUGAUCACUCCCCACGCCAUCCGAGUCCAGACCCCACCGAGGCACAUUCCUGGAGUCGUGGAAGUCACCCUGUCCUACAAAUCCAAGCAGUUCUGUAAAGGUGCUCCUGGGCGCUUUGUCUACACCGCCCUUAAUGAACCAACCAUAGAUUACGGCUUUCAGAGGUUGCAGAAAGUGAUCCCAAGACAUCCGGGUGAUCCCGAAAGGUUACCCAAGGAAGUGUUACUUAAGAGGGCGGCCGACCUCGUGGAAGCCUUGUACGGGAUGCCCCAUAACAACCAGGAGAUCAUCCUGAAGCGGGCGGCUGACAUCGCCGAGGCGUUGUACAGCGUCCCUCGCAAUCACAACCAGAUCCCCACCCUGGGCAACACCCCCGCACACACGGGCAUGAUGGGUGUGAACUCCUUCAGCAGCCAGCUAGCCGUCAACGUGUCGGAGACGUCACAAGCCAACGACCAAGUCGGCUACAGUCGCAAUACAAGCAGCGUGUCCCCGCGAGGAUACGUCCCCAGCAGUACUCCCCAGCAGUCCAAUUACAGCACAGUCAGCACUAGCAUGAACGGAUAUGGAAGUGGCGCCGUGGCCAAUCUAGGGGUCCCGGGCUCGCCUGGAUUUCUUAAUGGCUCCUCCGCUAACUCUCCCUACGGCAUGAAACAAAAGAGCGCCUUCGCGCCCGUGGUCCGGCCCCAAGCCUCCCCUCCUCCUUCCUGCACCAGCGCCAACGGGAACGGACUGCAAGGCUCUCUGCUGGGUGCUGAGGACGCUACCGUGGAGAAGACAAACUGGCCCUUUUGUGAAGUCGGUGGCAUAUUUCACUUUGAUGAACUAAUGCUCAAAAAAGGAACUGGAAAGCUAUGUCUGGGCUGGUAGUCCCGCCAAUGUGAGGGGCGCCUGUUACCUCCCGCCGCGCCCAGCAUCCAAGGACGGACUUCAGGGGACACGUUAGUACGUAAGAGGUGCUGAUGGAGACCGUGUCUUCAGUACAUCAGCAGCGGUUGAAAUGCUACAAAAGACUUUGUUUAAAGAUGAUUUUAUUUAAACUAUUAAGAAUCAACACACAAACGACGUACUUCUUCAUGAACAAUUCCAUUUUAUUGACUGAACUUUUCUCAUAUUUUCACAUUUCUCAGUCCUGAAGAAUAAGGAGAACAAAGCGAUGCCUAUUUUGUAUAAAGUUUCUGACUCCGUCUUGGCUCUGUCUAGUACUUGCUAUGUGUUGGGAGAAACUUUGUGAAUGCACCAUUUUGAUGAUCAUGAAACACUGAUGAAAAACGCCUCCAAACAUUUUUCUGUACUCAUACUUAGAUUCACAAUGGUUGUGUAUCUCUAUAAUGUGAAAUAUUUUUUUGUGGUGACAAAAGGGGGCCAAGGAGGUCUGAGCCAUCAAACUGGAAGAAAGGAAGACUAUAUGAGUAGGAGAAUUGGGGUGGCGGGGGGGAGGGAGGGUUUAUCGUUGCUUAACUUCAUCUUAAUGAAACGGAACUUUGUAACUUAUUGUAGUUAGAAAUUGUAACUUUGAUAUUGAAUUCUCUUGCCUUCAACAAGCACACUGACAGAGGAAAAAAAAAAAUGCUACUGUCUGUUGGUUAAAAUAUUCUCCCACUGCUAGAGCUUCCUGUUUUAAGCAAGUGUGAUCUGCGACAUUUUUUUCAACUUUUGCUAGCACUGUAUACUAUUGCAUUCUUAGGCUACUGUGAGGUCCAUGUUUCUUGUACCAGAAAUUGUCCUUUUGACUUCUAGAUCCUUCUUCCCUGAUGUGUUUUGUAUGUGGUUAUAAAAUUGUAGACUUUUGUGAUUUUGCCAAAGUUGUAGCUAAAUAUUUAUACACUUGUCUUGAAUUUUUUUCAGAUCCACUUAAAUAUUUAGGGGAAAAAAACGAGUUUUAUUCCUUAUGCGUCUUAUAAGGAAUAAAAUGGUCUCCAUUCAACACUUACUUACUUUUCCAUGAACACUUGCUGUUGCUAAGGGACUUUAUUUUGUAACAUAUCAAUUAUAAAUAUUGUAUUUAUCUUUGAAAUUUUGUACACUGCUUUUCCCACCAUUUUCAGUUCCUUUUUUUUUCUUGUCUGCGUUGGUUUUUGAUCAUGGCCUGGUGUUGUGAUGCUGGGGAAGAGCAUUAAAGCCAAGAACUUGUUUGAUCUGUUUCGUUCAGUGAACCAACGUCCUUGCAUUUCAUUUGUACUUCCAAAAUUUGCUAUUGUUUGUUUAGACUUUCCGUCCUUUUUUUGUUUUUUUGAGGAAAAGUCAAAUUCAUUGUUUAUUUUUAUAUUAUUUUUAAGUUAUCUGAACAAAUACUUUUGAAGAAAAAAAAGUUCGUUGUAUAGUCACAACAAAACGGUGCCACCCGCUGUGACAAACCCUCGUAGAUUCCGUGCAUGUGGAGCGGCCACGAAGAGGCGACACCGUUGGGGCUGUGUCCUCCUUCUGUUUUAUUUUUUUUGUAGCAUGUAAAAAGUCAUUUCAGCUGCCACCCAUGACUUUGCCACAUAGCUGAACUGUGUUUACUGGAAAAAUUCAGAGGCCUAAAGUUUAAAAUAAAAUUUACUUCUGAUGUUUUAAUGAAAAUGUUUGCCACAUUAACUUCUCUGAUGCCUUAAAAGUGGACUUCUUUAAAGAACCUUUGUGCUGUUUGAUCACAGGCUUACCCCACAA